CUCUUGAAACAACAACUCACGAAACCUGAGGUAUCAGGUGCGUCGCAGCGACUUUUGAGUCUCUGCAGGGCAUCCACCGGUCGUUUGAGAUUCUUCACGUUGUCCAUGAUCGUCAAGGUCAGUGAAGGAAGCAUAAAAGCGGGAGCGACUGGGAAGACGGCACCAGUCUGCUGACACAUUCAGUUCGUGACCACCGGACUCUCACACCCACAGCCAUGAAGCUGAUUGUUCUGUUCGCCUUUGUGGCUGUGGCCGCCGCCGCCCCUCAGAACCAGCCUCUGGUCAAGAUUCUGAGCCAGUCGUUCGAUCAGGAUGACCAGGGCAGCUACCAGUACGCCUACGAGCUCGACAACGGACAGAGGGCUGACGAGGCUGGCCAGUCUAUCCCCGGCCCGGAGCCCGAGACGGGAUCCAUCGACGUCCAGGGCUCCUACGCCUUCCUCGCCGACGACGGCAACACCUACUCGGUGUCGUACCGGGCCAACGAGGGUGGCUACCAGCCUCAGGCCGACUUCCUGCCGGUGGCUCCUUCCCAGAUCCCCGAGUACGCGCAGCUGCGCCAGGAGCACCCGGAGCUCUUCUGGGCCGAGACCCAGUAACUGAAGUGCUGGUUACAUACUUUCUCUUGUGCCAAUUUUCACUCCGUUUCAGCCAAACACAUGAUCACCUACCAUUUUGUUCGCCUUCGCUCCAUAUGUGACAAUACAUGCAUUUGAAAUAUU